GUGGCCUUCAAUAGUCCGAUCGCUUCCUGCAUCCUGACAUUGUGAAAGCCCACUUCCUGCGCUGUCUCCGAAAAUACAGCCCUGCCAGGCGGGGAGCGGGGGCGGGGGCGGCGGCUGGGCCUCCCCGCGAGCCCCCUGCCCGGUUCUGAUUCCGGGGCGACUCCCGGCCAACCCACGCGCCAGCUUGGCCUUCCUCAGUGACGCCCCCCGCCCCCAGGAUCCCGGGCUCCUGCUGGGAAAGGCUUCCCCACGUCCGGCUCCCUCCGCAGCACACUCGGGGCCAUGGCCUUGGGGGCUCCCCGGAGCUGCUCCGGUCACCCCUUGGACCUCGUCUCCCCAGAGUGGACGGCCACGACUCCUUGGCCUUCCUGUGUGCCACGGAAACAGGGCGGGAGGCCUCCUGUCCGUCCGGGCUCCAGCUGGACCCCAGAAAGGCCUUCCCCAGGGCACGCCCCCCACCCCACACCCCGACUCCCCACCGAGGCGGCUCAGGGCGACCACGGCAGGCAACCCGGAGCCUGUUCUGGGGGCUCAGGCACUGGGCAGACGGCUCUGCCCACGCCCACCCGGUGACACCGGUGGUGGAGCCUCGUGCUCUGGACAAGGGUGCACGGGCAUCAGCAGUCAGCCCAGGGGCCCCCAGCUAGUGAGAGGGGGUGGGGGCUGCCGUGUACCCCUCCUCUCGCUUGGCCUCUCAGGACUUCCGCCCACGUCCCAUCCCCCCAUGGGAAGUCCUUCCCGGCUUCCUGGCAGUGGUGAAGCAACCCGAGGGAGGGCAGGGGUGCACCCACCCUGCCAGCAGGCCACUCCGUAUUGUUUUCCACUUCUGAUAAAGGAGGCACUGAAUCAGCCUGGGGCCAUUGUGGUGGGGGGGGGCAGCAGUGGGGAGGCAGCAAGGUCAAGGAGUGACAACCCAUUCACUCCCACCCCGGGCCUGGGGAGAACCCAGCCUCUGCAGAUGGAGAGGAGGGGAGAAAACCCUCACCAAUUUCCCACCGUCCCCUUCCCCCGGCCCCGGGGUCAGCCAGCUGCCCAGGGAGGAAAGGAACUGCGUGCACCUGCGACGGGGAGGGCAGCCCAGCCUCGGACCCCCAUUCCACCCCCUGACCCGGACACAACCCUGCCCUGCAAGACGAAGGCGAUGGUGGGCACCCGGCCUAGGUGGGGCUCAGCGGGGCUGAGCUCCCCGGACGGGAAGGAGGGUGCCCGGGACCCCACCCGCCGCGGCCUCAGCUUCACAGCCGGGCUCCACCUGUGGGAGUCACCCCGACCUGCCCCCGCACGCGGGGCAAACCAUACGGGGAGCACCAGAGGCACAGCUACCCCGAAAGCUUCAUCUUUGGUCUGCGCCCCGGGGUCGCGGGAGCAGGAGGGGACAGGACAAGGGGCGGCAGCGUCCGGGCGGCAGCGUCCCCACGAGGCAGCUCGGGAGGGAGGCAGGCCCAUCCCCACCCGCGGAGGACGCCUGGACAAGCAAAGGGACUUCCCAGUCACACCCUGGACUACAGGGCCGCCUGCAAACCCAGCGGAUAGCCUGGGAGGGAAACCCACGUGUGCUGCUCUUCUUUAAAAGCUCGAAUCCCAAACACUGCUUUUCAGCAAACACUGGGAGAGACGUUGGACAGGGAAGGCAUAAAAGAGCAUUUAUUUAUUGCGAUUCCGUGAUCCAGCCUGGCUGCCGCCCGACGCAGCAACAAGGAGGCUCCACGGGGCUCUAAGCCACCACUUUUCCGUGGACUCCGGGGGCUGCUCUCUCCCUCCUUCUGCUCCAUCCGCGGGCAACACACUCGAACCCCCAGUUUACAGGCAGAGAAGCCAAGGCCAGGAGGAGGGCAAGGUCACGCUCCAGGCCCUGCUCUCCUUGCCUCUCCCGGGCGUCCCAAAAGCCCCUGUUCCCCUGCUCCCCACUCUCUGUCUCUGACCCUGCAGACGGCCCCCCAGGGAACUACCACUUAGCGACCCAGGUCUGGCCGGCGUGGUUCCUGGGCAAGCGGGUCCGCCCUGUGACGGAUCCCUAAGUAGCCCCCAACUGCCCUGUCAUCACUCCCCUGGCCAAGGCUGCUCCCACCUCCAGGGCCCCCCUCACCAGGGUCACGAGGGUACGAGCGACUAGUGCAGGACGCAGGGGCUCCAGGUAGGGGCAGAUGAGCGCAGCUAGUGUCCCCGGACGCCCUGGACUCGCCUGGACUCGCUCCCCGCGUCACCUCAGCCUUGCUCCAGCCCGGCACACACGGGCAGGCCCAGCCCCAUGACAGCUGAGGACAGGAGACCCAGAGAGCCUAGGGGACUCACCAUUGGCCACGCGGCCAGCGCCUGAAGCAAGGGUCACCUCGAGUGGGCCAGGCUGCCUGGCCACCCCAGCACAGCGGAGACGCCCAUGCCAACGUGGGAAAGGAAGACAGAGGCCAGAGGGGGGCGCUUCCCCUCGAGCUGCUCCCAGGGAGCUCCGGGAGGCCAACCCCACAGCGGCCCGCUCGCCAGCAGCCCCCCCCCCCAGCCCCCGAGAGGCCCGCAGGAGUCAAAGGGCUCCCAGGCUGGCUUAUCCUGGCGGCCGCCCAGCUGACUCGGAGAACACGGCCACGGGCACAGGAAAGGCUCCAGCGAGAGUGGAAAAGCACCAGACGCCGGGCGACGGAGGGGAGGGCAGGGGCAGCCGGCUCGGAAGCCACAGCCAUCACUGGCCCCGCAAGGCCCCGCGGGGUGGGGGCCCAAGCACGACCCCCGCCGAGCGCCUCUGCCCUGACGCGUCUCAGUGAAUCAGGACUGCCGGCCCCCAAAUACGGACACGUGCGUGCAAGGUGAAUCAGCGAGGACGGAAGGCAACCAGCGCCCCGCGCAUCCCCGCUGCCCCCCACCCCCCGCCUUUGCAGAAGGCUCCCUAGCAGAGGCAGGAAGGCCCACUCUAGGUCUGCGCCCCACAGUGGCGGCCGAGGGACGCAGACCCGGCUGCGCGUCCUAACACGCUUGCCCCACACAGAGAUUCAGGGAGGGCAGGCCUGAGGGCACAGAAUCACUUAAAAGGGGGCAGCGGGGGUGGGGCCAGAGGGGAGCACCUUGGGACUCCAAAGAUGGGGCCCCCGCAGCCGGGCCCUGGGAGGGGUGCAGCAGCUGGGACAGGCUUCCUGACCUAGCUGCAAGUCCCAAAACAUCUCAGGCUGUGGGAAAACUCUGCUGCUAUUGUUUCCGUGGCUUUUCCAUCCCCCCGAGUUCUGCUUAGACAGAUAAUAAAAACGACACAUGUGCAGGACACGCAGAAGUGUUUCCAGAGACACCGCUCCGGGGCCCUAACGUUUACCCCAGGUUGUCAGACUGCUCAGGUUGGGGGGGCAGAUAGUAUACCUCUCAGACCUUACUGGGAGAACAGCGGUAGUCUGGGAGGCCAAAUCAACCCCACGAGCACACAAGCACACAAGCACGCUUAGAAUUUCUUUUUAGAAGAUAAAAUGCCAGGUGCCUGGGUGGCCUCGUCAGUUACGCCCCUGCCUUGGGCUCGGGUCACGAUCUCAGGGUCCUGGAUCGAGCCCUGCAUCAGGCUCCCAGGUCCGCAGCGCGGGGUCUGCUUCUCCAUCUCCCCCUCCCCUGCUCCUGCUCAC